AUGCAAAUUUCACAGAUUGAUAUGACUUAUUUUGCUCCGAAAUCAGAAGAAGAAUAUAAAGAAUAUUUGGAUAAUUUACUUGUCGAAUAUCAAUUUGCUUGUUUUAGUGAAAAACUUGGUGAUGGUUGUUAUCGAUUAGGAAAUUAUCAUGAAAUUAUUAAAAAUGAUCAUUCAACAGCAGCUAAAAUAUAUAAAAUGUCUUGUGAUGAAAUGAAUUAUGGACAUGGAUGUUAUCGUUAUGGUACAUUUGCAUUUCUUGGUCGAGGUAUGGAAAAAAAUAUUCCAGUUUCAACAAAAUAUUUUGAACGUGGAUGUGAAUUGGGAUUUUUAAAUGCUUGUCAUAAUGCUGGUAUUGCUUAUAUGGAAGGUGAUGGUUGUGAAAAAAAUAUUAAUCGAGCUAUAGAUUAUUAUAAAAAAGCUUGUUCAGGAUCGAUUGGUCAAUCAUGUUUAAAUCUUUGGUCAAUUUAUUUUAAUGGACAUAAUGGUGAUAUUGCUAAAGAUGGAUCAACAGCACUUGAUUAUGCAUCAAAAGCAUGUGACUUAGAUAUAUUUCAAGGUUGUGUUAAUGCAGCAAUUAUGUGUCGACGUGGUGAUGGUGUACCAAAAAAUACUGAACGUGAAAAAUAUUUUACACAAAAAGCAACAGAUUUAAAAAAGAGAUAUAAUGAACCUGGCAUUGUAUUUGGUGAAACACAUAAAAAUUUAGAUUAA